AUGACGAGUCUCGUUGGGAUCCUUGUUUCGUCUGGCAAUCUUCGACCCCAGCCGACGAAGGAAAGAAAGCGAUUCUGGGCCGAUGACCCCGGAUGUCUCCACGGCUACUGGCGCAAAAAUGUGGUUUCUGGCCAGAAAUUUUUAUUUUAUAUGGUGCAAAAUUUAGAUCUUCUGUUUUCUCAAGAAGUAACGAACAAUAAGCCCACAAUUUGUCGAAAUCCUGUUUGUAAUAAUCGAACGCGUUUCAUACUUGAUGUUGAUAAGUCACACUUCAUUGAUUUUCAAAAAGUCCGAAUUCAAGAAACUCAGUCGGAACUUCCUCGUGGGUCAAUCCCUCGUAGUCUGGAAGUGAUCCUUCGUGGAGACUGUGUGGAACUAGCCCAGGCAGGGGACCGUUGUGAUUUUAUUGGAACACUUAUUGUUGUGCCAGACGUGGCUGUAUUGUCUCUACCGGGAGCUAAAGCUGAAACAUCGACUCGAAUGACUGGAAAUAGAGCAUAUGAAGUUGAAGGGGUACGUGGACUGAAGGCUUUGGGAGUACGAGAUCUUAAUUACAGACUUGCUUUUUUGGCUUCGUCAGUAAAGACGAGGAAUAGAGUCGCUUUGGAAGACUGCAGUGAGGAAAUAAUCAGAGAAAUGUACAACGACCGAGAUUUGUAUCAAAACCUCUGUUCUAGUCUUUUCCCAUCAAUUCACGGUUGA